CAUUGUCUGCCUGUCGCCCGAGCGAGUAGUGAGUCACAAUGUCGCUGCAAACAGCAGUGCCGCGGGUGUUCGGCUCCUUCUUGGGGCGGGCUCCCGUUGCUCUUGGGCAGGGCGUCCUGGGAAGCAGCAGCUCCUUCAAGGGCCAGGGCUUUAACGGCACGCUGCAGAGCAUUGAGGACCAUGUCCACGCUCAGGCGUUUAGCACCGUCAGCCAAGAGGAGGAUAAGGGUGCCAGCAGCAAGGCUGUCGCUGGCAUGAAGCUCCCUGGCAUGGCUGGUGGCAUGCUGCUGAGCAAGUCUCGCUCCGGCGUGCGCUCCCCCAUGGUGCCGUUCGCGGCCCAGCAGGCGAUGAACAUGUCCACCGCUGCUCAGGUGCAGUCCGGCUCGGCGCUGAACUCGGCGCUGAUCGGCAUCUACCGCUUCUGGCGCAGCCAGGCCCCCAUGGAGAAGCCCCACGCUCCCGUGGAUGACCGCAUGCUGCCCGCCAUCGUCGAUGCCAGCGACAACCGCGCCGCCAUCGGCACCUGGGCCACCGCCCUGUUCUGCACCAUCCUGGCCUCCAACUUGCUGGGUCUGGUGCCCACCAACGAGGCUCCCACCUCGGGCCUGGGCUUCGCCACCGGCCUGGGUGUGAGCGUGUGGGCCACCGCCACGGCGCUGGGCCUGUACAAGCUGGGCUUCUCCUUCCCCGGCCACUUCAUUCCUGGCGGCACCCCCUGGCCCAUGGCCUUCAUCUUCGUGCCCCUGGAGACCAUCUCGUACACUUUCCGCGCCGUCUCUCUGGGUGUCCGUCUGUGGGUUAACAUGCUUGCCGGACACACGCUGCUGCACAUUCUGACGGGUAUGGCUCUGGCUCUGCCCUUCUCCCUGUCCUUCUUCGCCAUGGUGCCCGCCACCUUUGCCGUGGCCUGCCUGCUGUCGGCUCUGGUGGGUCUGGAGUACCUGGUGGCUGUGCUGCAGUCGGGUGUGUUCUCCAUCCUGUCGACCGUGUACGUGGGCGAGUUCAACCACCACAAGCUGGCGGGCCCGCUGGCCAAGGUGGUCAAGAAGCUGUAAGCGCGGGGCGCUCCUGCUGCUUCUUGUACGACGACACGGAUGCCUGUCAAGGACGGAUCUCAGCGGACGCCCUGUGGUCCUCUACUGCGGCCAGCGGUCAUGAGUUUGGUCAUGUGGUGUAUGCUGGUGGUGGUGGGAGGAGUGCAGUGGCGGUGACGGAGGCUGCGGAUAUCGCAGCGGUAGCGGUGGAGUGAAGGGAUGGUGUGUGUGGUGGUGGGAAGAGCUGUGACGUGUGGUGGACAGUGAUGUGCGAACGUCGUGUUGCUGUUUACCGGCAGGCAAGGGGACGUCGGUUGUGGUGGCGGCCUAUGGGACUAGGCUGUCGUGCAAUCGGGCGCCCUUUAUCUGGGCCGUAACUGGCCACGUCAGCUGUCCCAGUGAUGCGCAGUUUGCGUGCGUGGCUUAUAACAGCCCAUGAGCUUGGCAACAUGGAAACAUGGACUCAAUCAGUUGGGUACCGGGCUAACAACGGCAGUUGUGCUGGAGUUCAGGGCGGGUUGGCGGGCGGGUUUCGGCCCACUGCCCUGCCAGGCCCUUGAAAGCCGAGAAGUCGUGUAAACGGCAAUCGGCUG